GAGAGUUGCAAUCCUUGACCAUUGACGUGGGGCCGUUAUCCAUCGUUCCCGGACCCAACUAGAGCGCCGGGAGCCGAAUUCCCACGCAGUUGGCAGAUAGAUGUACAGUAAUAUUUACAAAUCCAAAAAAAAAAAGAGAGGAUACCCUGCCCAUUAGACAACACGACAACAUGCAACACCCUGCCCACCACUAUAAAGCAGAAGCUCCACGGUCGCCUCGUGCUCCACAUCGACCCCUCAUCCAUCGCUAUCUACUAUUCGCUCUUGUAGUCUGUCUUUCCGCAGUCUUCUAUAUGAAUUCCUCAGUCGCCCGUACGCUUCUCUCUUCCGUACGAACCACUGCAUCCAAACGAUUCCUUGCCUCUCCAGCUGCAUUCUUCCAGAGACAACAACACAUCCAACCCUCCCUUUCACAGCAACAACAAACCGCCAAAAUGUCCUCCAACAGCCUCAUCAAGCUCAUCAAGGAGCGCCGCACCCACUACGCCCUCGGCAAGGACCUGCCCGUCGGUAAGGACAGGAUCCAGGAGAUCGUCAACGAGGCCAUCCAGCACGUCCCUUCGUCCUUCAACAGCCAGUCCAACCGCGUCGCCGUCCUCUUCGGUGACGAGCACGAGAAGUUCUGGAACCUUGUCUCCGAGACCCUCAAGGCCAUCGUGCCUGCUGAAAACUGGGCCGCCACUGAGGCCAGGAACAACGGCUUCAAGGCUGGCGCUGGUACUAUCCUUUUCUUCGAGGACCAGACCGUCGUCGAGAAGAUGCAGGGCCAGUUCGCCCUCUACGCCGACAAGUUCCCCCUGUGGGCCACUCAGUCGGACGCCAUGCUCCAGUACGCCCUCUGGGUCGCCCUCGACUCGGAGAACGUCGGCUGCAACCUCCAGCACUACAACCCCAUCGUCGACGACAAGGUCGCUUCGACCUGGGGCAUCCCCAAGGAGUGGAAGCUCAACGCCCAGCUCGUCUUUGGCAACAAGCUCGGCACCCCCGGCGAGAAGGAGUUUGCUCCCCUCGAGUCCAAGGUCAAGGUCUUUGGUGCUUGAGAAAAAAUGAUUAAAGAUGGCGGGCUCUGUGUAUAUAAGGGUGGUAAUUUAUUGAGACGUGGAGGGGGAAUGCUUUUAGAUCGUUUUUCUUUGCAUGUAUAGCGUCUUUCUUCCGUGCCAAGCGCGGAGUUGGAAUGCAUAGAGCGCCAGAUAUACAAAUAUAAAGAAGAAAAAAAAAGAUUUACAAAAUGAUUGGACCUGGG